AAAAAAAAUGAAAGUAAAUAUACUACUCCAUCAUGCGCUAAUCGAAGAAUUAGGGUUUUCAAAAACCGCGCCAUAAUCGAAGCCCGUUUCACACAUCGGCGUAUGGCUGACGAAGACGAUAGCUCGUCAACUCCGGGGCCUGAGAAGCCCGGCCCGAGCCCGCAAUCGGCCCAAAAGACUCCCUCCAUGCGCCGCUCCGGUUUCGGUGACAACAGCAGUAAUUCUCCGCUUUCUAGAAAUCUGCAGACCGCUGAAGAGUUCAUAUCAUCCGUGGCUGCCAAAAUUGCUGCUCAGCCGCUUCAGUAUUCUGAUCCCGAAGUUUGGGGAGUGCUCACGGCUAUAUCUGAGAAGGCGCGCAAGCGCAAUCAGGGCAUUAAUAUGCUUCUGACUUCAAACGAGCAUUGCAUUGGUCGGCUAGUAGAUGAUGCUCGUUUUCAGAUCAUUGCACCAGCAGUUAGUGCUAACCAUUGCAAGAUAUACCGGAAGAAGAUUGCUACUGGAGUUACAGAACAACAGUUGGCACACUGUUCUGCAUUCUUGAAAGAUUCUAGCACAAAUGGGACAUAUUUAAACUGGGAGAAACUGAACAAAAAUAGCUUUGAAGCAAAGCUAUGCCAUGGAGACAUUGUCUCAAUAGCACUUGCUCCGCACCAUGAACUUGCUUUUGCAUUUGUAUAUCGUGAAGUCCAGAAAUUCUCUUGUGUCACUGAUGGGGGAUCUCUAAAGAGAAAACCAGAGGAAUAUUGUGCUGAGAACAAGAGACUGAAAGGAAUUGGCAUAGGAGCUUCUCAUGGUCCACUCUCCCUUGACGAUUUUCGCAGCCUUCAAAGAUCAAAUAUGGAACUCAGGAAGCAACUGGAAGAUCAAGUUGCAACAAUUGAAUCCUUGCACAGUGAAAGUCGUGCAGCUACUGAGAAGCAUGAAACUGAAAUGAAGGAGUUGAAUGAAUCUGUAUCAAAAUCUUUUCAAGAUCAACUCAGUCAGUUGAACCAAUUUUUGGAGACUAAAGACAAAGAACUAGCUGAGCUAAAUCGAAUAUCUGGUGAGCAAAAACAUGGAAUUGAGGACCUUAACGAAAGACUUAGUGCAUCUAUGCAGUCAUGCACCGAGGCCAAUGAAAUAAUUGCAAGCCAGAAGGCUUCUAUAUCAGAACUGAAAGUACUACUAGAUGAAGAGCGUGACCAGAGAAGAGAAGAGCGAGAGAAGGCUCGGGCAGAUAUGAAAAUGGCAAUACAAAGAAUACAGGCUGAGGCCAUGGAGGAACUGAAACGAGUAUCAGAAACUUCUAUGAGACGAGAGAAGGAGCAGCAAGAAAUUAUUAAUAAGCUUCAGGAGACAGAGAAGGAAAAAUGUACAAUGGUGGAAACCUUGAGGUUCAAAUUGGAAGAUGCACGGCAAAAGUUGGUCAACUCUGACAACAAAGUGCGUCAAUUGGAGGGUCAAAUUCACCAGGAGCAGCAAGCAUCUGCCAGCAAUAUUAAAGUAAUUUUACUAUUGCUUGCCUCCCUAGAUAUUGUCUGCUAUAUAACAGAACUUGCUACCUGUUCUAUAUAUUUCUUAUAUUUUGCUCAUGUUAAGAGGCUUGAAGAAUUGGAACAUGAAAGAAAAAGAAUGAGCAAAGAACUUGAAUGUGAAAAGCAGGCGGCUCGUGAGGAAGCAUGGUCAAAGGUGUCUGCUCUUGAACUUGAGAUCAGUGCUGCAAUGCGGGAUCUUGAUUUUGAAAGGCGUAGGCUAAAAGGUGCUAGGGAAAGAAUUAUGCUCCGUGAAACACAGCUACGUGCCUUCUAUUCUACAACGGAGGAGAUAUCAGUGCUGCUUGUGAAGCAGCAAGAACAGCUUAAAGCAAUGCAAAGAACCCUAGAAGAUGAAGAGACCAAUGAGACGACAUCAAAUGAUAUUGAUCUCAAUCGAGUCGAUGGCAAUCACACUCGAUCGAUACUGAGAGACAAGGAAGAGGUCCAUCAAAGCAACAACGAAGCUAAAACAGGAUUUGGUACUUCUCCCAAUGUCCUUGGCAUGGAUCAAGCCGUGUCUUCAAGUGAUGAAGCAAGUGUAACAGAGAAGCAUGACUGCUAUUCCAAAAGCCAAGAACAGGGUGAAGAAACACAGGAGGUAGAAUUCACUGGUGCUGAAUGUGAAGAUGCUAAUGGUGGGUUUGGCUCCAACAUCAAUGCCAUUGGCACGGCACCCCUUUCUUGUGGAGAUGCCAUUGGAACUGAGCAAAUUCCCGACACUGAAGGUGUCGGCACACCCCAACUCUUGGAAGGUGGCACUGUUGAAACUGAGCAAGUUCUUGAGACGGAAAGCCUGGAGCUUCAGAGCGGGAAGAACAUCGAUCUGAAUAGAUGCAACACACCAGAUGGGGAUACGAUGCAGGUUGAUAAUAGCAGCAAUGAACAAGAAACACCAGAACACGCCCAAAAGAUAUCCCAAUCACCAAGUCGCCAUGAUUGCGAGGAUCCAAUGGAAGACACAGAAGGCGUAGGGACUGUCAACACAUCGGACCUCUUGGCUUCCGAAGUUGCUGGGAGCUGGGCUCACAGCACAGCUCCUUCGGUCCCUGGAGAGAACGACUCACUAGACGGUAAUGAAUGUGUUGCACCUGCAAAUGAUUCCAGCAGUGUCGUAGCAGAGAGCCAACACCUCCGGUCCACCAAGUCAGAAGCCGCUGCUGCCAGACGAGAUCACGAACGCCGGGCACUUAGUGAGAUGAUUGGCAUCGUGGCACCUGAUAUGAGGGAGCAGUUUAGCCGCGCUGUUGAAAGUGAUGAUCGAGUGGGAUCUGAAAGAGUAGCUUUUAACUCUGACACCAAAGAUUGCAGCGAUAAUGAAGACGGCAAAGACAAAGAUGCUGCAUCGGAUGCUGAAACAGCUGGUAGCGACGGAGACGUUGAAAUGGAGGGAGAUGAUGACACCCAAGAGGACUCUGUUGGAUAGUAAUAUCGAAUGUACAACUAGAUAGUUCAAUUAUUUGGUUUAUUAAUUUUAUUUAUUUCUCUACUUUUGGUGCAUAAUAAUGUUAUCGGUUGCUGCCGGUGUAGUAGGAGUAGGAAACACCAGCUGUAUAGUGUUAUUUCUUCUCCGAUUACUCAAUUCUUGAUUGAUGCCCCACAAA